UNUUGUUGUUGUUGUUGUUGUUCUUGCUGCGUUUAGACAAAUCCUUCAGAGAAAAUACCUUACUUCGUAGUUGAAGCAUUCACAACACACACAGGAGAGGUUGAGAAUCCCUAAAGCUUUAACUCUCUCAUCUCUCUCUCAGACUCUAAUCUCUGCUUCGCCGAAGACUUCUCUCACCAAGGCGAUGAGCAUCCCAAUGGAGUUGAUGUCCAUCAGAAACCCUAAUUCGACCUUGCUUUACAGACCUCAUUCUCGUCCGCCGGUAGCUCUGUCUGCUCCGCCACGUCCUCUCCUCCCCAGCCGACGACAUUUCACUGCUCCUCGAGCUGUUGUUUCGUGUACAAGUAUACGUUUCGGCUUUAGCUCGCCUUGUUUUCCACAAGUCUUGCCUAAUCGAUCCGUCGUUGCUCUCGCUGCAUCCCACGAAGACUCGGAAGAAUCAGGUGUUGAGGUAGAGAAGGACAAGAGUGAUAUUGAAGAUGGCACAUCUCAGGAAGCAUGGAAAAAAACUCUCGAGUCUUUUAAAGAGCAGGUAUCAAAGAUGCAGAGUGUGUCAUCAGAGGCAUACUCUGUUAACUCCCAAAAGGCGAUGACAGUAUUGAAAGAAACUUCUGAACAACUUAGGAUUCAAGCGGAAAAGGCGAAAGAGGAGUUGGGUACAAAAGCUAAAGUUGUUGGCGAAGAGGGUAGAGAAUAUAUUUUGAAAGCAGCAGAAGAAUCACCCUCAGAUGUGAAAGAGAUCGUUGAAGCAUUCGCCUCCACUGAGGAUCUGAAAGAUGUUUCUCGAGCGAAUGAUUUUCAUGUUGGAAUACCCUAUGGUCUACUCCUGCUUGUGGGUGGUUUCAUUAACUUUAUGGUAUCGGGAAGCAUUCCAGCCAUCAGGUUUGGAGUCAUUCUUGGUGGAGCUCUUUGUGCACUGAGCUUGGCUAGUCUAAAGUCUCAUAGGAAAGGAGAAUCAUCUACCAAGUUCUUAAGAGGACAGAUAGCUAUAGUGGCAAUCAUAUUUUUGAGAGAGUUGCGGUUGCUACUGUCUCAGAAAUCGGCGUUCUGCGGUCUUUUUACCACCAUUACAAGUGGUGGUGUGUUAGCAUUUUACUUGUACAAGAUGGUGGAAAAGAGAGAAAAAGGACCAAAGAUAGAAGAUGGAGGAGAAGAAGAUAAAUCAGCCGAUGGGUUUGUAAGAAGUGAAGGAUAGAGAACAAUGGUAAGAGAAUGUUUGUGUCUGUUUGUCAACAUAAGCAUCCGAUAAUCCAAACUUCCCCCCUUCGUAUCUCUCUUUUCAAGUUGUGUAGUACAAUUCUUUUGCGAUCAGUCAUCUUCAAAUUGAGUGUUUGGAUUGGUCACUCAAUUUCACGAUAUUUCAACAAACAAUAACAUGGUUUAGACCCGUUUGGGAGAUGUGUUAAACAAAAACAAAUAAUGAAUUUUUUAUUAGAGAUAAA